AUGUCAACUGAAGUUGGUGAAGGAAAACCACAUAUGGGAUUUCCCAUUCAAGCUUCUAAUCCGGUGUCUCAGCCCUUGGCCUGUUCAAGAAAGAGGAAGUCAAGAAGAAAAAGGGGUGAAUCUAAAAGUGUAGAAGAAACACUUGCAAUGUGGAAGGAGUACAAUAAUACACUAGAAUUUCUGGAUGAUGAAAAUAAGCGCAGGCUUAGGGCCCCUGCCAAGGGAUCAAAAAAAGGAUGUAUGAAGGGUAAAGGAGGUCCCGAAAAUGCUCGUUGCAAGUACAGAGGUGUGAGGCAGAGAACAUGGGGUAAAUGGGUUGCCGAAAUUAGGGAGCCACACGGGGGAACUAGGCUGUGGUUAGGUACAUUUAGCAACGCAAUUGAAGCUGCUUUUGCUUAUGAUGAAGCAGCAAGGGCGAUGUAUGGAAAUCGUGCUCGGCUAAAUUUUCCAAUUUACAUUUCAUCGAAAGGCAAAGAGUUUUCUUCAAUGCCGACUACAACUACAUCUAACUCCAUGGAAUCUAGUCUCUCUGAGGUUUGCCUACGUGAUGGUGUAACAGUGAAGGCCAACGCUUCCAUAAAGCAGGAGGAUGGUAAAGGUGAGCCAUGGACUGAUGAUAGGUCUCUUGUGCUGCGCAAGGCAGAUGACCCCAUGAGCACUACGAAGGAGCAAGUAAAGAAAGAACUGGUGAAGAACUCAGCAGACAACACUCAAGUUGGUAGGUUCGAUGUAAAGGACCAGCCUACUAUUGUUAAUGGCCUGGAAUCUCAGACUGGACAACAUCAAUUAGAGAACUUUUCAUUUGACGAGAUGUUUGAUGUGGACGAGUUACUGGAUGCUUUGGAUUACGUUCCUUGUGUUUCAGGGCCUCAAAAUGGAGUGAGUUCAUAUACUGAUGAAGCUGGACUGGGUGCCUACAGCAAUUUACAACAUCCAGACUUUGCAUACCAGUCCAAGAACUCGGGCACAAAGUUUCUUGGCAGUUCGCCCCAUGUGGAGCAGGAACCUUUAGAAGUUGAUUAUGGAUUUGAUUUCUUGAAACCUGGGAGACAUGGAGAUUUUAAUUUCACAUUGGAUGAUUUGUUCCUUGAUCUAGAUCCCAACUUGCUGCUAUAA